AUGGACAAGCUGUUGCUGGUUACAGCGAUCCUGUCGGUGGCAGCAGUGUCCCUCCCGCGAGUGGAGUCGUCCCUGUGUCGUGGUGAUGUCCCCGCCCCGUCGUGUUCAUGUCAGGACGGGGUCGUAGAAGGGAACGGACGGUGCACCCUCUGUUCCUGCACAGCGGACGGACAGCCAAGAGAUUGCUUGGUUGUGAGGCUGCUACGGGAUCCGUCAUGGGUUGUGGACUCCGCCGGAAACGGAGAUGCCGCAAGAGCCUUGGAUGGAGACACUAGGACCUACUGGAACCCUAGGUUUCUGGGUCAGAACUACAACAACUGGUACAUUGUCCUGGACCUCACAGCGCCAUUUACUAUCACUCGCGUCGAUGUCACCAACGUCGGAGACACAGCCCAUGACGCUACAGCCUUCACGCUGCAAAAGUCACAACUUGGGAGUCCGUACAACUGGGAGGACGUCGUGACCGUUACUACCGUGCAGGCAGGGACGAACCGGCGCCAGGAGUUCGGCGGUUUCCAAGGAACAGCUCGGUAUUGGAGGUUCCGGAUCACUCGGACCUACUCGGGCUGGCAGCCAUGGCUCAAAGAGCUGGACCUGCACGGAGAUGACUUGACGGCGCCAUGUGAGACGGUACACGCCGCGAACUGCCUCGCCACAUCGCCAGGGUACGGGCCGCCCGGGAACCAACCCUGCAACGUCACACUCGACAUUCACGAGGGGAUUCGCAGUAUCGACAAUCCUCUGCAAGUACAUCAAUGUGGGAACAUCAUCAUCAAUACUUUAGUGUCAUUCCAGUGUGACCACGCCUACAAAGUAAGCUUCGGCGUUUCAAUAUCUUACGAGUAG